CAGGCAAAUAUAGUAAAAAUAAUAUAUAGGCACAUGCAGUAUAAAUACUAGGACAAAUAAGCAACAUCAGAACCAACGACAGACUGUUUUUGCAAUAUAUGUGCUGCCAUCCCGACAGUCGUGAGCUAUUUGUGAGUAUGAUCAUUUUAACGACUUUAAAGAUUGCGAAAAGUAAAUUUAAAGGAGACUGAUUUUGUAAGCGAUGAAUUGCUAUUUUGUGAAAGAUGUUGUCUCAUAACUACAAAGGUGUGAGCAAACAAAUUGGAUAACGUACGUUAUUCAAUAACUGAGCCCCUGUAAAUAGUUUCGACUUAAUGAUUUUGAUUUUCUCCGGAGAAUCACUUGCAAUAUAAACACAUCUGAAUAUCACGUUGUACUAGCAUGUCGAUGAAAAGAUUAAAUUCGCAAACAAAAUAUGUCAUGAUAAGGUGCAUUAGCUGCACAGACACUUACCUGGGCGCUGACCUACUUAAUUCACUAUCAGGAUUUCUAAUAGAAUAUUGAAAACUUAUUCGAGACAUCAUUGAAUUAUGUGGGUGGUUGUUGUCAUCGGUUUUUUAUUGGUUUCUCUGAUUUGGAGUCUGACCGGACGACGUAAGGGGCUUCCUCCCGGUCCGACAUGUUACCCCAUCAUUGGAAAUGUCGGAAUAAUCAAGCCGUCAGAAGCCGUGCAAUCACACAGGAGAUUGAGAAAGAUUUAUGGAGAUAUCUACACGGUGAUGAUCUUUCACAAAUCUAUGAUAUUUGUCCAUGGAUAUCACAACAUACGAAAUCUUUUACUCAAAAAUGGCGAUUUACUUUCUGAGCGACCAAACGUAUAUCCCGCUGAGGUUAUUACAAAAAGGAAAGGUUUAGUUUGGACAUCCGGUUCAUUCUGGAAGGAACAGAGAACAUUCGCACUGACAGCGAUGCGUAAAUUUGGAUUUGGGAGACGCUGCAUGGAAACUCAGAUCAUUGAAGAAGUAGACUGUCUAAUGAACGAAAUGGAAAAAUUCCACAGCAGUGCGUUUGACAUUCAGGCCCUACUGAAUAUCACCGUCUCAAACGUUAUUUGCUCACUUUUGUUUGGGAAAAGGUUUGAUUAUAAGGAUGCCAAAUUCAAGCAUUUUACCUCACUGUUAGAUGAAUUGUUUGCUAAUGUCAAGGCCUCUUCACCAGCCUUUAUUUUGCCUUGGUUACGUCAUAUCAAAAUGUUCAAUCUUGACAAGACGACAGAAUUAGCGAAUACUUUGUUUGGCUUUAUAACUGAAAUGGUCGAGGACUGCAAACAGAAUUUUGACGAGGACAACAUCAAUAACUACAUCCAUGCCUAUCUUCUGGAACAGAAACGAAGAGCCAACGAACUGGACACCACAUUCACAGAUGAACAACUAAAUCACAGUGUUCGAGACUUUUUCGACGCGGGCACCGAAACGACGUCCACUACACUGAGGUGGGCGCUCCUGUACCUAAUGCAUCAUCAGGACUGGCAGAAGAGGCUCCAGGACGACAUUGAUGACGUCAUCGGUCAGGGACAACCUAAAAUGGAACACAAGGAUAAGUUACCAAGGGUAGAAGCAUUUAUUCUGGAAGUUCAACGCUUGGCAAAUCUGGUUCCCCUGAAUGUGCCACAUACAAGUAAACAAGAUUUCAUGUACAACGGAUACAUUUUCCCUAAGGGUGCUAUUGUGUUUGGUGUUUUAGAUUCUGUGAUGUCGGAUCCUGAAAUCUUUCCCGAACCUUCAAAUUUCAAACCAGAAAGAUUUCUGGACGAGAAUGGGAAAUGUUGCGGAGAACCGAAAACCAAAUUGAUUCCUUUUUCAAUAGGUAUGAAUUUGUUUGAAAUACAAUAUUUGAUAAGUAUAUCUACCCACCGUCACCGGUACCGUCUGAAUGGUACAUGCGUUAGGACAACAAAUUAUUCAUUGAAUUUCGAUUCGUGGGUGAAUUUGCUACAACAGAUCCUCGUGUACAUGAUAUGUUUGUCUUCCUAUAAACAGGGCGCCGUUCAUGUCUAGGUGAAUCACUCGCCAGAAUGGAGUUGUUCCUCUUCUUGACCAGAUUUUUACAGAAGUUUGAAGUCAAACCGGAGGAUCCUAAUUAUCUGCCUUCCCUGGAUGCAAUACUGGGCUUUACUAACGCGCCUAGGUCCUUCAAUCUCAAACUGGAGAAAAGAUGAUACUGAAUAUCUCUAUAGACUGCUGCCAUACUUGUGCUUGUUGAAAUUUAACGUCUUUACUUUUAAUCUCUGAAUGCAACAGCUGAUUUCAUGUGCUUUAUCAAUAUAUUCAUAAAAAAAGAUUGAACGGUGGAGAUAAAGAGAAAAAUCCUAUUUACGUUAAAGUUUGACUCCUUAUAUUAAAGAUGGAAUAAGAA